GCCCUCCCCCCUUUCCCCUGCCCUCUCCCCUCCCCGAGUCCCGCCCCCUGGCACACGCCGACCCAGGGACACACCCUGCUGCAGCGACGCAGACAGGGCGUUGUUCCCGUUAAAGGGGAACGCCGGGAGCCUCCCUGCGGCCCCUCGCUUGGCGCGCACAGCCCCGCAGCGCAGCUGUCUUUGCGGACGCCAGCCGCCGAGCGGACGUGCGGAGCUUGUGCUGAGGAUCUCUGAGGAUCGGGGACAGCUGUCCCUUUGGGCUGCAGAAGCUCCGCUGAGCAGAACUCGCCGCCAGAAUGCUCCUCCUGCUGCUGGGUAUCAUCGUCCUCCACGUCGCAGUGCUGGUGCUGCUCUUCGUCUCCACGAUCGUCAGCCAAUGGAUGGUGGGCAACGGACAUGCGACUGACCUCUGGCAAAACUGUAGCACCUCCUCGUCGGGCAGUGUCCAGCACUGUUUCACAUCAUCAGCAAACGAAUGGCUGCAGUCUGUCCAGGCCACCAUGAUCCUGUCCGUCAUCUUCAGCGUUCUGUCUCUGUUCCUGUUCUUCUGCCAGCUCUUCACCCUCACCAAGGGGGGCCGGUUUUACAUCACCGGAGUCUUCCAGAUCCUCGCUGGUCUGUGCGUGAUGAGUGCGGCGUCCAUCUACACGGUCAGGCACCCAGAAUGGCAUCUCAACUCGGAGAACUCCUACGGCUUCGCCUACAUCCUGGCCUGGGUGGCCUUCCCUCUGGCCCUCCUCAGCGGCGUCAUCUAUGUGAUCUUGCGGAAGCGUGAAUGAGGCGCCGGGACAGGACGUCCGAGGCUCUGAGCGCACGUGGGGAGGGAGGAAGAAAACCAGAAGCCAGGGAAAAAAAAGUGCUUGCCAAAAAAACCCAAACUCAAACCAAACCAAAUAGAAAGUAGGUGGGGGGGGGGUGGUUAGUGUUGAUUGAAGAUGUAUAUAAUAUCGACGGUUUAUAAAACCUAUUUAUAACACUUUUUACAUAUAUGUACAUAGUAUUGUUUGCUUUAUGUGUUGACCAUCAGCCUUGGGUUGAACCUUAAAGUAGCUAAGGAACUUGACAUCCUAACCAUAUAAUCAAGCUCAAUUUUUGUUUUUUUUUCUUUUUUUGUUUGUUUGUUUUGCCCAGAAAUAUAAUAAGUCCAUCUCGCCCCUUCCCUUUCAUCUGAAAGAAGAUACCUCCCUCCCACUCCACCUCAUUUAGAAAGCCAAAGUGUGGGUAGAAACCCCGAAUGGCCCAAAGCCCUUUUACAGUGGGUGACCCAGUGUGUGACACAUAGACAUGCACUGCCCACGCCUCUGUGUGCAGCCUUACCUGCACCCGGACAAAACCCCCAAACUGGAGCUCUUGGAGAAUCAUGGCUUGUGGCUUUGGAAUACUUGCCCUUGAAGGGGGGGUGUCCUGGUCACGCCUCUAGGUGAGAAAUCGGUGACAACAAACCUACGAAGUGGUGCUAUGUAUUUACCAUUCCUUAUGAUCACUAAUCAUCUAAACGCCUCACUGGAAAUUCAAUUAACAAUUUUACAGCAUGAAGUUGAAUGGAGACCUGAGUAAUUCUGUGUAAUAUAAAUGGUUUAUAACCGCUUUUGUACCUAGCUAGGCUGCUGUUAUUACUAUAAUAAAUAAAUAACAAACCACCACCUUUAUCACUCCCACAUUUUCCUUAUGGUCGGAGCAUCAGGACAAGCUUCUAGACCCCCCGGGACGGUGGGUUCCCGGGAUGCAGCAGCGUCUAGACUGUCCUCUGUCUCCAAGGACUGUCUGGCAAUGACUCAUACUGGCCACCAACUGUAGAUGUAUAUACGGGGCCCUUCUGAUGCUAAGACUCCAGACCUUUUUUUUCUUUUGCUUCGCUUUUUCUGAUUUUAUACCAACUGUGUGGACUAAGAUGCAUUAAAAUAAACAUCAGAGUAACUCA